GAGUCAGGUCAGCCCUCCCUCACCAGCUAAUACUGCUGCAGGCCAAGAGGCUUAGGUGGGUCUCCAUGACAACCACAGCUGGCCUGCCUCCAGGUUCUGCCGGGAGCUGUGUCUCAGCUCUGGGGACCUGCACACACUCCACAAACACCAGCCCAGCUGGCUCCCUCCUCCACUUGGUGGCUCUAGUACAACUUCUCAGAGAGGAAGAGCAGAAAGCGCAAGAGGCAGCCAGCAGUGGAGGAGGCGGAGGGAGGCUGAGGAUGGAGUUGAGCCUUCAACUUCUGCCGGUUUUCUGCUCGCUCAACUUGCCCUAGAAAAGAUCAAGACUCUCUUCUCCUAGAGUGUGGAGUAGAAAGCAGGACCCCUACAGUGAUCGUGGCCCUGAAAGAGGUGGACCUCAGAAAGGCCUGGGGGGCCAUGUCCCUCAUCCCGUGGCUCCGGUGGAGUGACACCCCUCCCCGGCUUUCACCCCGGAGCCCGGCCGAGAUGGUGCUGGAGACACUCAUGAUGGAGCUGGCUGGGCAGAUAAGAGAGGUGGAGCGGCAGCAGAGGGAGCGUCGCAGCGCGGUCAGGAAGAUCUGCACCGGAGUGGACUACAGUUGGCUGGCCAGCACACCCAGGCCCACCUAUGACAUCAGCCCUGGUGAGCGGCUGCAGCUGGAGGAUGUAUGUGCCAAGAUCCACCCAUCCUACUGUGGGCCUGCCAUCCUCAGGUUCCGACAGCUGCUGGCCGAACGAGAGCCCGAGGUGCAGGAGGUGGCGCGGCUGUUCCACUCGGUGUUGCAGGAGGCCCUGGAGAAGAUGAAGCAGGAGGAGGAGGCCCAUAGGCUGACACGUCAGUGGAGCUUGAGGCCCCGCGGCAGCCUGUCGUCCUUCAAGACCCGCGCUCGCAUCGCGCCCUUUGCCAGUGACAUCCGGACCAUCUCGGAGGACGUGGAGCGUGACGCACCGCCCCCGCCGCGCACCUGGAGCAUGCCGGAGUUCAGGGCACCCCAGUCCGACUGACCAUCCAGGGCAAUCAUCCUCAGGAGGAAUGACGGGCUGGUGACUGUCACCAGCGCUGGAACCUCCAUCAAGCAACAUGGCUAGACCUCGGAGCCAACUACCCAAUGAGCACACCUGCUUGGCUACUGGGCAGAGUCAGGACUUGAGGCCUGUUUCUCCCCAAAAAGGUCUCCACUUCCCAGGCUGAUACAGACACAAGGCCUGGUGUUGGAGCAGGCUUCUCUCCAUCUCCUCUGUCUGGAACAAGGAACAAGUGUCUCCCUCUUUUACAAGACCCACAUACUCAUGCCAACUUCCGGGAUGCCCCAUUCACCCUAUCCAUUCAGGGCACCUUUACUGGUGACCAGAUGACAUUCACUGCCGGGGACCCACAGCCUCAGGCCCAGGACAGCCAGGUCAACCCACUCUUCAGCUAGUGAGUGAAAAACCAGGAGUCUCCCAAGGGUCUCCCUGCUUUUGCCUUAACUCUAAUCCCUCUAAUGUGGCACUGUUCUUGCCUCUGAGUCCUUGAAUGCUGGACUAUGAUAGGGUAGGACCAGUGUCUACAUCCCCACCCUCUGAGGCUGGGGCUGUUCUCCAAGAAAGGUAGCUAGGGGUAGGCAGGAUGAUCCCAUCCUGUGGUGUCAUCAGAUGGAGUAUGGCUGGCCCAGAGUCAGGUGUGGAGGCCUGCAAACCUGCUGCCCAAGUCUAGGGAUCCUUCUGCUCACACCUGCUCUCCAGCUGCCCGAGCAAGUGCCCGAGUAGUCUCCUGCAGCCCCGUGCUCUGAUGGCCUAGGAGUGGAUCACCGUGAAAGACCAGGAAAGCCAGAUGCUCCUCCCCACCCAAGUCUGGGGCAGAAGUAGGGUUCAGGGUGAGCAGAGUGUCUGUCCCUAGCACCCAGUGCAUGUGAACCUUAUUAUAGUCCAAAUAAAAUGCAAUGGGAGGAAAAUACAGGUACAACAUGUAGUCUGGCUCAGUGGGAAGUAUAUUCUCUGCCCUCUU